ACAUAACACAAGCACAGCUCAUCGAGAACAAGAAGACAAUGAAGACUAUAGCAGCUUUUGUUCUUCUCGUCUGCCUGAUCGCUGUAGGAGUGAAAGGACAGGACAGGUUUUCAAAGGGCAGGUGCCUGUGUGCAGACAAAGGUGCGAACAUGGUUUUAGUGAGGAACAUUGAGAAAGUUGAAAUCAUCCCUCCAAGCCCAUCUUGUCGCAAACAUGAGAUUAUUGUGACUCUGAAGAAUGGUGCAGGACGGAAAUGCAUGAACCCAGAGUCAAAAUUCACUAAAAAUGUCAUCAUAAAGGCUAUUGAAAAGAGGAGCUAGCAGACUGUGCCACACAGUACAUCUGUCUCUGUGCCUCUGAAGAACACCAAGACAUCAUCAUAAGCACCAGCUUCCUUCAAAUGACUUCACUGACUUAAGAUGUAUUAAUAUUUUGCCUAAUAAUUAAUAUUUCAUUAA